AUGAGCCAUCGCGGACCGGCCGGCUACGGCAUCCCUAGCUCUUCCAGCCCCUACGGGGUUAGUCCCGAGCAGGAUCAGACUCCCAACAUAUUCGAUCAGCUCCGACCGUACACGGACAAGGCCGAGGACUUUCUUGACAGCGUCAGCGAGCCCAUCAAGCCCUACCUCCCGGCCCUUGGGCGUUUUCUCAUCGUCGUCACCUUCCUCGAGGACACGCUGCGCAUCAUGACGCAGUGGAGCGACCAGCUCACCUACCUGAGGGACUACAGGAGCAUCCCCACCGGCAUCACCCACCUCUUCCUCCUCGUCAACAUCGUCGCCAUGGCCAGCUGCUCCUUCCUGGUCAUCGUCCGCAAGCACUCGGACUACGCCGUCGCCGGUCUUAUGGGUGUCGUCGUCACCCAAGCCCUCGGCUACGGCCUCAUCUUCGACCUCAACUUCUUCCUCCGCAACCUGUCCGUCAUCGGCGGUCUCCUCAUGGUCCUCUCCGACUCGUGGGUGCGCAAGACCAAGGCCUUUGCCGGCCUACCCCAGGUUGACGAGAAGGACCGCAAGAUGUACUUCCAGCUCGCCGGCCGCGUCCUGCUCAUCUUCCUGUUCAUCGGCUUCAUCCUCAGUGGCCAGUGGUCCAUCUGGCGUGUCGCCGUCUCCAUCGUCGGCGCCGGUGCCUGCAUCAUGGUCGUUGUCGGCUUCAAGGCCAAGUUCAGCGCCACCCUUCUGGUCCUCAUCCUCAGCGUCUUCAACCUCCUUGUCAACAACUUCUGGACUCUUCACGAGCACCACCCCCACAAGGACUUUGCCAAGUACGACUUCUUCCAGAUCCUGUCCAUCGUCGGCGGUCUUCUCCUGCUCGUCAACAGCGGGCCCGGCCAGUUCAGCAUCGACGAGAAGAAGAAGGUCUACUAA